AUGGACAAAAUCACACCACAAGCCAUUCUUCAUGCCGAAAAAAUAAUUCGUUCCGUAGGCGUGAAGAAAACCUCCCUCGACACUUGUCUUUCUCUGUCCAACCAGAAAAGAGCCAUUUUGUUUAAAUGUGAAAAUGAACAAAUUACAGGAUCUUUCAAGAUGAGAGGAGCCACUCAUAAAUUAAUGCAAUACAUGAUGAAAGAGGAUGAUAAUUUGAAAAAGAGAAUUUGUACUGCAUCGUCUGGAAAUAAUGGAUUUGCUGUGGCGUAUGUAGCUAAAGCAUUUGGAUAUAAUGCAACUGUGUUUGUGCCUGAAAAUGCAGACACGGCAAAGAUUGCAAAUAUUAGAGAUGUGAUGGGAGCAGAUAUUAGAUUGUAUGGUGAAAAUUGUUUGGAUACUGAAUUGUUUGCAAAGAAAUAUGCACAAGAGAAUGGAAUUCCAUAUUUCUCACCAUACAAUGAUUCAGAUAUUGUUAUGGGACAAGGAACAAUUGGUGUGGAAAUUGAGGAACAAUUGAAUGAAAUUAUGAAAAAUAGAGGAGGUUCAAUUAAUGGAAUUAAAUUGGAAGAUGAUGGAUCAAAUCUUAAUGUUUAUGUAUCAGUCGGAGGCGGUGGAUUAAUUGGUGGAAUAGCUCGCUACCUUAAACAUGCCUUCCCUAAAUGUAAUAUAAUUGGAUGUCAACCACAAAAUAGUGCUGUCAUGUACCAUUCAGUUAAUGCAGGUAAAAUUCUGGAAGUUGUUGAAGAAUUUGAUACAAUCAGUGAUGGAACUGCUGGCUUAAUUGAAGUAGAUACAGUCACAUUCGAGAUUUGUCAACAAUUUGUGGAUCGAUAUGUCCUCUCAACUGAAGAGGAAAUUCUCUCAUCACUCAAAUUCCUCCUCCUGAAAGAACAUACUCUAGUAGAAGGUGCAGCUGCUUGUGCUUUGGCCUGCCACUUGAAAGAUGAUCAAUGUAAAGAUAAUUCGAUCAACGUGAUUGUUUUAUGUGGAAAGAAUAUUUCCUCUGAAAAGAUUAAAAAGAUUUUACAGUAA